CAUAGACGCCAUUCUUGAAGUCUAGAACAAAGCCAGAGGCAGAGACAGGGGGAGCGAGGAGGGAAUACUGAGAAGCCAGAAGCAGGAGAAGGAAAGAAAGAACGCAACUGUUCUACUCUCUCUCUCUCUCUCUCUCUCUCUGAAUCACAGAUUUUCAAAAUGAGUACCAUGAAAUUUUGCCGCGAAUGCAACAACAUUCUCUACCCCAAGGAAGAUAGGGACCAGAAAGCCCUCCUCUACGCUUGCCGCAAUUGCGAUCACCAGGAAGUUGCCGAUAACUAUUGUGUCUACAGAAAUGAGAUACACCAUUCAGCAGGGGAGCGCACCCAAGUAUUGCAGGAUGUGGCUGCAGAUCCAACUCUUCCACGAACAAAAUCAGUUCGAUGUUCUGUAUGUGGCCAUGGAGAAGCAGUUUUCUUCCAGGCAACUGCAAGGGGAGAAGAAGGUAUGACACUAUUCUUUGUUUGCUGCAACCCCAGCUGUGGCAAUCGUUGGAGGGAUUGAAACCAACCUCGUGGCUAACUAACUAAUCCCAUAUGCUGCAGCUCUGUCUGGUUGCCAUCUGUCUUUGUUCUUCUUAAUUAGUUGGGUACCUAAAAACUAUUAAAGUGUCUUCCAAUGAAAAGGAAGGAAUUUUGUUGCUUGUAAUCUUGCACCUGUGGUAUCUCUGACUCUCUUCUCUUCAUAUGGGAUUCAAGCAUGAAUUGCAGCUGAAAGGUGAUUUUCAACCAAUUAACAAUGCCAAGCUCUUAGGACAAAUGGAGUAGACAAAUUUGUCCAUUUUCAGGAGAGAAUAAUCAGCGUAACUGUCCUGUUCAUAUAUGAAUAUGUAUGAUAUAUGCAUGCAUACAUAAUAGUUAAUGGUGUUAUAAAUUUAAAAUAAAAAGUAGUCUAUUUCACUAAA